AUGGCAGUCAGUAACGACAGCCGUCCUGCAGAGUUCAUCCUCCUCGGCUUUGCUGACCGUCCUUGGCUGCAGCUCCCUGUGUUCAUUAUUCUCCUGGUAACGUACCCCAUGGCCAUGAUGGGAAACAUCGCCAUCAUUCUGGUGUCCAGGUUAGACCCCCGACUCCACAGCCCCAUGUAUUUCUUCCUCACCAACCUCUCCUUCCUGGACAUGUGUUACACCACGAGCAUCGUGCCUCAGAUGCUGCUCAACCUGGGGACCUCCACAAAGACCAUCAGCUAUGCGGGGUGUGUAGUUCAGCUCUAUGUCUUCAGCAUAAUGGGGGGUUCAGAGUGUCUCCUCCUGGCUCUUAUGUCCGUUGAUCGCUAUGUGGCCAUCUGCAGACCUCUGCACUACACCAUCAUCAUGAGCCAGCGCACCUGCAUCCUCUCAGUGUCCGUUAUGUGGCUCUGUGGAACAACCUAUGCCUUCUCUGAGGCCACUGUCACACUGCAGUUACCACUGUGUGGUGUUAAUAAACUGGACCACUUGUUGUGUGAGAUGCCAGUUCUGAUAAAGACCGCGUGUGGGGAAAAGAAGGCCAAUGAGCUUGCACUGUCUGUGGUCUCUGCUUUCAUUGCGGCUGUUUCUUUGUGCCUGAUUCCUGCUUCCUAUGCUCAUAUUGGACGUGCUAUAUUCAAUAUGAAAUCUUCCACACGAAGGAAAAAGGCUUUUGGCACAUGCUCUUCUCAUCUCAUUGUGGUUCUCUUGUUUUUUGGUCCAGGCAUUAGCAUGUAUCUCCAGCCCCCCUCCUCCAUCACAAGGGAUCAGCCCAAGUUCAUGGCUCUGUUCUAUGGGGUGGUGACUCCUACCCUGAACCCCUUUAUCUACACCCUGAGGAACAAGGAUGUGAAGGGGGCACUAGGCAACCUGCUGAGGAGCACUUUUGUUUUAAGCAGGCAUCAACAUAAAAAGAUUUAA